AUGUAUCGUCAAGUGGCACUAUGUCCUAAAGACUGUCGGUUCCACUUAAUUUUCUGGCGUCGGUCACACAAAGAGCCCAUUCAGACAUACAAAUUGAAAACCGUAACGUAUGGAACUGCCUCCGCUCCGUUUUUAGCCACCCGAGUAUUGAAGCAAAUUGCACAGGAUGAAGGAACACAUUUUCCACUUGCAGCAAGAGCAGUCAUCGAAGAUUUUUAUGUGGAUGACUUUUUCUCGGGAUCAAAAACAGUUAACGAUGCCAUAAAGCUACGGGAUCAAAUGAUUGCCAUGUUGAAUACAGCAGGAAUGCAGCUAAGAAAGUGGGCGAGCAAUUGCCCUGAAAUUCUUGAAGGAAUCCCUCUAGAGAAUCGAGCACUAGAAUCGUCAGUGACGUUCGACAAGGACCAGUCCAUUAAAACUCUUGGUUUGCAUUGGGAACCUUGCACGGAUAAGUUAAAAUAUAUUGUGUCAGAAACUGCCUUUAACCUUAGUUCCCCCAUUACAAAACGUAGUUCGCUGUCUUACAUUGCCAAGCUGUACAACCCACUUGGAUUAGUUGGGCCUGUUGUGGUUGUAGCUAAGAUAUUCAUGCAAGCGUUGUGGGGUUUAAAGGAUGAAUACAACAAGUUAUAUGACUGGGAUACAGAAUUACCAAAGGAUAUGAAGCAACGCUGGCUCAAUUACUGUUCAGGACUCCCUCGCUUGAAUGAAUUGCGUAUCGACCGAUUCGUGUUGCAACCUGAUUUUACUUCAGUAGAGCUGCAUUUCUUCUCGGAUGCCUCUCAAGUAGCCUAUGGAACAUGUGCAUAUAUCCGAUCAACAAAUGAUACAGGAUUUGUGAAAGUUGCUUUGCUAACAUCCCGAUCUAAGGUUGCACCGCUUAAACAACAAAGCGUCCCUCGUUUGGAGCUCUGUGGCGCAUUAUUAUCUGCUGAACUCUACCGCAAAAUCUCCACUUCACUGCAAAUCACGUCUAAGGCAUAUUUUUGGGUUGAUUCAACAACCGUCAUAAGCUGGCUUAAAGCAACACCUUCAUCCUGGUCCACAUUUGUCGGUAAUCGCGUUUCAAAAAUCCAGCAAAUCACAGGUGAUUGCGAGUGGAAUUACGUAGCUAGUCGAGAGAACCCCGCGGACAUUAUUUCAAGAGGUCUUCCAGCAACUGACCUAUUACAGUGCACGAAAUGGUGGGAAGGACCACAAUGGCUUCAAGGCAGUAAAGAAUCGUGGACUGUUCAAAUGAGCGGAGAAAUAGAUCCUGAAGCGAUAAAAGAAGCUAGAAAGACAUCAUUAGCUGCUGUAUCUACAUCACUCUCUUUCAUCGAAGAGUAUGCUUGCCGUUUCUCCAAUUAUCAGCACAUGCUACGUAUUACUGCCUACUGGCGACGGUACUUCGGUAAUCUACGUUUGGACAAGAAUUCUCGAGUGGUUACUCUACCACUUUCUACUACGGAAAUACGCAACGCUGAGUUAACACUAAUACGGUUGGUUCAAAUUCAUGCAUUUACCCCUGAGCUUAAGACAGUCGAAGUACAUCAGGCAAUUCCAUCAAAUUCUCGCCUCCGUUGGUUCAAUCCGAUGUUAGACUCAGAAGGGAUUUUGAGGAUCGGCGGACGAAUAGAUCGAUCAUCACAACCAUUUGAAUCGCGUCAUCAAAUUCUGUUGCCUGGUGCACAUCCAUUCACGAUGCUACUUCUUCGGAGUCAACACGAACGUCUUCUUCACGCAGCUCCCCAGCUACUCACCAACACUAUCCGGUUAAGAUUUUGGAUUUUGGGAGGUAGAAGUGCUAUUCGACGCGUAGUUCAUAGUUGUGUUACCUGUUUUCGAGCAAAACCGAAAGUUAUUGAGCAGUUUAUGGCCGAACUCCCUUCGCAACGAGUUACUGCGUCACGACCAUUCGCCAUUGUUGGAGUUGAUUUCUGGGGACCGAUUUAUCUAAAACCUCGGCACCGUAGAGACGCACCCCCAAAGGCCUAUGUUUCGGUGUUUGUGUGUUUCUGUACAAAAGCCGUACAUUUAGAACUUGUGGUAGACCUCAGUACGGCAAAGUUUUUGCAAGCCUUCCGUCGAUUUGUAUCGCGCCGAGGACUUUGCGCCGAAGUAUAUUCCGACAACGGUAAAAAUUUUGUUGGUGCGGCCAAUGAGCUUAGAAGAAUAUUGCGAGCCGAAGACUUUCGACAUGCAAUCGCCAGUGAAUGUGCAAGAACAGGAAUUCGUUGGCACUUCAAUCCCCCUCGUGGAUCCCAUUUUGGAGGUCUGUGGGAAGCAGCAAUUAAAUCAGCACAGAAACACUUCGUGCGAGUGUUAGGAGAUCGUAAACUAGGUUUUGACGAUAUGGAAACACUUCUUGUACAAAUUGAAGGAUGCCUCAAUUCUCGUCCGCUGACCAAGCUCUCCGAUGAUCCGUCAGACCUCGAGGCUUUAACGCCGGGGCAUUUUCUUGUUGGGUCAUCGUUACAAUCUAUACCGGACAUCGAUUACGAAUCAAUUCCGAUGAACCGACUCUUCCAUUGGCAACAAAUUCAGAAAUUGCUUCAAGAUGUCUGGAAACGUUGGCACAUCGAAUACUUGCAAGCUCUUCAACCUCGAAGCAAAUGGAUUAAACCGCCAAUAGAGCUGAAGAAAAAUCAAGUUGUCGUUAUCGUGGACGAAAAUCAACCGCCAAUGCGUUGGCCCUUAGGUCGAAUACAUGAACUCCAUCCAGGGAAAGAUGGUGUAGUACGCGUAGUCACUUUGCAGACUGGUUCCGGCAUGUUUACCCGCCCAACAUCAAAAAUUUGCAUUUUACCCAUACCACGACCACAUGACGAAGAAUCUGCAGCAAAGAUCAUUCCGAAACAACUCAUUGAAUGGUGGAUAAUUAAAUUCAAGGCCCUUUGUCUGAAGGGUCCAGGUAAGGACCUUUCCAAUAAUAAUUACCAUUUGAAAUUUGGCUACCGGGUCUUCUCAUUUGCAUGUAUUUCUGUGAGAGGCGAAGGAGUGUUCGACGCAGAUACCGCUAUGACUACAGCAAACACCAACGAACGUUACAACACCCGGGGGCAGAUUUUAGUAUACAAGGCCCUCGAACUAAAGGGUCCAGGUGAGGACCAUUCCAAUUACGAUUACCUUUUAGAAGCCGGCUACCGGGUCUUAUUAUUUCCAUGUAUUUCGACGUGUUCAACAUCGAUUGUGGGGUGUUCAAGGACUUUUCCAUAG